AUGAAUAUUAACUACUAUCGAGAAGCACAUCUCAUCAAAAAGCGAAUUUUAAUGUCUGAAGUAAUAUCUAAAAUUCCAGAUAAAUUGGAACUUCCAGAAGAAGAAGAGCUUGAAGAUGAAUUGGUUUCAGAUUCAUUGUAUACCAAGAUCGAUAAGAAUUUUGAUGACAUGUGCGGAAAGUUCAUGGGAGAUCUUUUGUUUAGAUUUCCAUACAUGGUGACGAUUUCUACAAAUAUCGCUAGACUAAUGAAUAAAAAAUGA